UUUGUUAACUUUGUUGUUUGGAAUUCAUCAUUUAGCGGUACUAGUGCAUUGUCGGCAACGCGUACGAAGUUGCGAAAUGGGUCUGUUUUAGUUGUUGCUAGUGCCGAGAUUGGUAUAUCGAAAGAUGGAUUAUAAAAGUGUAGUGUACAAUGCAGCCCGCGAUGGCAACCUAAAUAGACUGAAGAUAUAUUUACACUGCAACAAGGGGAAAGACGAGGUGUCGAUGCUUGUCGCCGCGAAAACAUCUGGCGCAACUCCGUUGGUAAUCGCUUGCCGAAAUGGGCACUACGACGUUGCCGAAUACCUCAUCGACAAGUGCCACGCGGACAUUGAACAAUCGGGCUCAGUUAUGUUCGAUGGUGAGACCAUCGAAGGGGCGCCGCCAUUGUGGUGCGCGGCAGCAGCCGGAUAUUUGGACAUUGUCAAACUCUUGAUCGGUCACGGUGCCAAAGUGAACGCGACUACCCGAACCAAUUCGACGCCCUUAAGAGCGGCCUGCUUCGACGGCCAUUUGGAGAUUGUCAAGUAUUUGGUACAACAUGGCGCGGAUAUUGAGGUUGCAAAUAGACACGGCCACACAUGUCUCAUGAUAGCCUGUUUCAAAGGACACAUCAAAAUCGCUAGGUACCUGCUGAACCUGAAAGCCAGCGUGAAUAGAAAAAGCGUGAAAGGCAACACCGCACUCCACGACUGUGCCGAAUCGGGCAGUUUAGAAAUUUUAAAAUUGCUCAUCGACCACGGAGCGACUAUGGAUGUGGAUUCUUACGGAAUGACGCCAUUGUUGGCCGCCGCGGUGACCGGACACAAUCAUAUCGUAGAAUACUUAAUCAAAUUUCCCAAUCUGGUAUCGAGACGCGAGCGCAUCGACGCGUUGGAACUGUUGGGUGCGACGUGCGUCGACAAGAAACGGGAAAUGAUCGGAGCGUUGGAACUUUGGAAACGAGCCAUGUACGAAAGGUACCACGGCGACGGUCCAGCGAUACCCAAACAGCGAAUGCAAAAAGUGGCCGCAUAUGAUUAUGUGGUAGAAAUAUCGGACCCUCUGGCGUUGGAUGACUUAAUGACCGAUCCGGACGAGAUGAGGAUGCAGGCGUUGAUUAUGCGCGAGAGGAUCCUGGGACCUGCACAUCCGGACACCAGUUAUUACAUUCGAUAUCGAGGAGCAGUGUACGCUGACGCUGGAAAGUUUAACAGAUGCAUAGAGCUGUGGAAUUACGCUUUGGACAUGCAACAGAACAUGCUGGAACGACUCAGUCCCAUGACCCAAAGCAGUCUGUUCAGUUUCACAGAACUGUUCUCGUUCAUGAUGGGCGAGGAAGGAAAGAACACGUCGCGAGGGCGGAUCGUACCCUCGGUCCAUAUAUCGGAGAUUCUCAGGGUGUUUAAGAAGGCGGUUAGGGAGGUCGAGUUGGGCGGUCGCAUGCUGGAGCGAAUACCGUAUCAGGACCGCGACGUGACCUACUUGACGCGGGUGAUGGUGAUCACGAUGCACCUCGGCGGUCUGUUGACCAAAAGGUUAGGACAUCAGUCGUGCACGCCGACCAUCAACAGGCAGAUCCACCAGACCCUCUAUGAUCUGGUCAAGUUGGGUAUCAAAGGCAAGCUCGGUCGGGGAGUUUUGCAUUUGGCUUGUUGCCGGGAGAUGGCGCUACUGGGAAGGUAUUCGGCGUGUUCGUUUCCGUCACCUCACCUCGCAGCCGUGCUCAUACGCGUCGGCGCCGACCCCAACGCGAGAGACGAUGAGGGAAACACCCCCCUCCACCUCGCCGCGCAGGCGCACCCGUGUCCGGCGGCGGUCGCCCAAAACUUACUUCAGGGCGGCGCCCACCUGGACGCGAUAAACUCGAACGGGGAUACCUUCUUGACGUUGCUACACACGAAGCAGGCUCAUGAACUCGUCGACGUAACUCGAUACACCAGUCUGAAAUGCGCAGCCGCGAAAGUGAUCAAACAGUUCAGGAUCCCGUAUCGGGGGGCAGUGCCUCGCGUGCUCGAAACCUUCAUUUCGAAUCACUGAAGGACGCGCGAGAUUGUGAUUUAGUUUUAUAUCGUGUAGUCCACCCUUAAGUCUGACUGAUUCGUUAGUAAGCCGAUCUUCUCCCUCGUAGAUCAAGGGGGCGUGUUAUGUGGUUUUUAAAUAUCUUCGCAGUAUAUUUUAUUAUUUAUUGUUGAUUACAUUUUUGCGGAAAUUAUGUUCGGAUUUAACCUGUCGUUGGUUUGCUAAGUUGUGGAUUUUUUGUUUGGUUCUUGUUAGGGUUUAUUAUGGAGCGAUCCCUUCCUAUCUUAGAACCUGUAAAAAAUAUUAACAAAAAUUAGAGCUGUUUGGAUACAGUAGACUCGUGACCAAGUCAUUGCAUAUAAUCAAAUUCCUCGCUAAAUGGAGAUUUUAUCAAAAAUGAUUGUAGAAAAGGUUUAUUUCAUAUGUUGGGAUGUCCGCUGAGUUUCGAAGAACCAUCUACACUUGCGUGCAUAAAAAUUGGCCCACUUCAAUUACAUUUUUUUCAGAAACAAGUCAUCAGAGAAAAAAAAAUGCUGUUUGAAUGGCAAUUCAAUAUGCUUUAAUACUAGUUUAAAUUGAUUAAAAUAACUGCAUAGGCUUAUUGACAAUUAUAUAACAACUUAACACUUAUUUUUUAAUGAUGGUAUGAUUUUACACGAUCAGGGAUAGAUCUAAUUAAGUUCACCAUUGUUUCUUGUGAAAUUUUAAACCACUUUUCCUCUACUGCAACAAUCAAGCAUUUUGCAAAUCCCUCUCCUGAAAUCACAGAAUCCCGUUUCCUCAUAACGUUGCCACACUCUUCGAACUACUGCGCGUGUCAAAUCCAGUUUGUCGAGCAAGAGCUCGCUGGCUAAAUACUUUUUGGAUUAAAGCAAUAACUUGAACAGCUUUUUGCGAUGGAGUCUGCAUCUAGCUAAUACACUAAACACUAUCCAAAGUAUUAAAAACGAAUAUUGAUCAUUUCGGUUGCAAAGUCUUCGAUAAGUUUGUUGCUCGCGUUAUAACUGCCACAUAAGCACAUUUCAUUUAUUUACCUGUUGCUACGCAUAUAAAAGAUCAGCACUCUUGACAAAUUUAAGCCCAUAUUAAGCAUUUUAAAUUGUCUUUUAAACAGACAAUUUUUUAUCUGCGGAAUAGUUUCUUAAAAAAUGUAGGUAAAGUCGAAAGUUUACAGUGGGGCCGAUUUCUAUGCACGCAAGUGAACCUGUAAAUUCUCCUUCCCUUUAAGGUAUGGUUUUAUUGCGACAUUCCAUUUGUACAUAAUGGUACAUCCCAAAAGAAAACCCUUACUCUUUGAGAACAACUCUUUGAAUGUGACUGCCGAUACGUAACACACUAAAAAAACCAAAAGAAAAAAAAUUGUAUUAAAGUAAAAAUUGCCCGACUUGCUUCAAUGAAAUGUAUGUUGAUUGAUAUAACCAACACGACACCGAGCGGCGCGGUUUAACCAUUAACUCACAACAUUUGGUUUCGAAAGUUAACUAUUUUUUUUAGAGAUCCCCACCGUAUUUUGGAUCACUAAACGUAGAAAAAUAUUAUUUUUGAAAUUUUAUAAGUUUAUUCUGAUUUAUUAAAUGUCACGAGAUACUUUUUUUUUGUGAAAAUCGUUAAAACCACCAAGCAUUCAAAGCUUAUUGUUGCAUUUUUGGCAAAAUGUUCUUGGUUUACCUGUGUAGUUCAUGAUUUGAAAUCUUUGAUUUUCCUUUUUGCCAGUAGAGUGGUUUCAUCCGUCAAACUUUGUCAUCUGACCCAUUUGUUUCGGAUGUACUAUGUAUCGUCCACACACAAUUUUCCAGCCAUGGUUAGUUUUCAAAUAGGGAUAGGUAAUUACCAUACAAAAUUCUUGAUUGACAUCCUCUUUUGCCCUUUGUGCACGAUAUCGUAAAGUACGCAACCACAACAGCCAUGUCUAUCAUUCUAGUUAAAAGGCACCAAUACCAUUUCUUCCCUCUUUCAAAAAUAUUAUGUUUCUCUAGGAGCCAAUCAUUAUUUGCAAUCUCCCUCAAGAAACACAGGCAGCCUCCAAUUUCGUGAGUGCUAUAGGUACAAAAGAAUAAUUUGUUUUGAUAUUUUGUCAAAAACGAACUUAAAUUGUGGUUGCCCAGUUUUUUAAGUUAUAUAUUGGCUCCAAUGAAUGACAAAUAUAAAUCCUCAUUGAACUGGUCUUGUUCGCUGUUUUGAGUUUUCUUCAAGACAAUGUUGUUUGCUGGGAGGGUUCUUCUCAUUGCAAUUACCGUUGUUUGAGCUGGUGUUUUACUGAAUUGACGUGCUGAUCCACAAUAAAUUUUUUAUCUGCAUGAAUCUGUAAAAUCCACAAAAAGCAAUAAUUAGUUAAAAAAACGAAUUUUAAAAAACCUGCCCUACUUCUACCAAAUAAAAUACUUGAGUAGAAAACUUUUAAUACAUUAAAAUUGUUAACAUUAGUUACCAAUAAUUUGCUUGAAAAUGUAACUUAUAAAAGCAGCGACCUCCUUAUACCAAAAAACAUAUAUCUUUCUUUUACUAGAAAAUAAUUGGGUAGAAAAAUGUUGUAAAUACUUUAAAAUUGUAUAUAAAUCUUUCUUUUUUUACUAUAUAGGGUCAAGUGGGGUCAUUGUAAACGAUUUUGAACAAUUUUUUUUUUUGCUUUUUAAAUAUAUCCAAAUUGUAUAAAAACAAUCAUUUUUAAAAGAAAGACCAAAAAAAAUUGGUAACUGGAUCAUCUGUUUUUGGAUACUUUGGCCGAAAAAGUUAUAAAGAAAUUUUUGUAAUAAAAAAAAUAUAUUUUGAAAAAUAUAUCAUUGUUUACAUUUAAACAUCUAUAUAAAAAACUAGAGGAAUUAUGGAGAUACAAUAUAGGGCAAUUGUAAACGUAAAUCGAAGAGAGGCGUCGGAUUUAUGCCUAUGAACUCAUCUUCGCCCAUUUCCUCUUCUGGAGAAAAUUCAGUGUCAGUACUAAGACAUAAAGAGUAGUCACUAUCUUCUUCGUUAUUUUUAGAGCCCUGCUUUUUUUACUGUUCCUUCAUUUGUAUUUUUUUUAGUCUGAAUUGUAGUCUCCUGUGAUUUUUUUCUUGUGCUGCUUUUAAUCUGUUUAACACUUGUUCUGUGGUCAAAAUGUCGCCAUAACUAAGAGCUUUAAUCUUGAACUACAACCUUUUUUUGACUCAGGAUCGAACUGCUGUAUUGUAGGUACAUUUUCUUUUUUCGCGGGAGAAAGAAAAAAACUGUUUUUUUAAAGUUAAGUUUUGGUUAUUAUUAGACUCUUGUCAACGAUUUUCUGAUAUAUCCUGUGAUAAAAUUGUAUCUGGCAUGUUUUUCCCUGGAUGUGCAUGUUUCACUGGGAAAAUGUUCACAUGUCUCAUCUCUUUGCAGUGCUACUCUUUCAGAUACAAUUGAAUCAGAUUUAGAUGUGUUUAGCGAACUUAUUGGUAUAUUCUUUGUUAUUGGUGGUGUGUUUUCAUUUAUAGAAAGCAGCGUUUGUUCUUGUGAAGCUAAUUCUCCAACUGAUUGAUUUAUAUCAACUUCAGAUUUGUUUGAAGGACUCGGAAUGUUGCUUGUUAAAGGAGAUUGUCCUGUGUUUUUGUAUAUAUUUCGUUUCUUUUGCAAAUAUUGUUGAAGCUCUUGAUCUUUAAAAGCGCUUGUAGGAAAUUUAUCUUUGUUCACUGGAAAAAGCUUUGUCUAACAUUUGAACGAAUUCACAUUUUGACAACCGCCCAGUUCUCUUGCCGGCAUUCUUUUUGCCAAAGUUUAUUAACUUCUCCCAAAAUGUUUUCAUUGAACCGAAAACACACUUGUCCAAAGGCUGUAACAUGUCGGUAAGAUGGCUGGGAAGUUUAAUCAGUGUAAUAUGGUUAGAGAUAGCUGCUUCGAUUAUUCUAACGCUGAUAUGCUUUGCAUGCCCAUCAUAAAAUAGAACACAUUCUUGGUUUGGUAGACAUUUCUCUUCUCUAAUGUUUUUGAUAUGUGGUAUGAAUGCUUCAGUGAACCAUGUAACAAAUUGUGGCUCCUCCGUCCAUCCAUUUUUAGAUAUCGAGUAAACAGUUCCAGGGUAAGCUUGAAUUCCAUCACCCUUAAACACUAUAAGUGGUGGCAAAAAAGAACAAUCUGCUCCAACACAUGCUAAAACUAUAGUUGAUUGUCGUCCAGAUCCUCCACAGACUCUUACUAAUGGUUUGCCUUUUUGUCCGAGUGCUUUUAAACGACUGGGCCCGACUUGAAGCCCGAUUCAUCGCCAUCAUAAAGCUUCAAGUGGGAAUCGUUCCAGAGUAUUUUGGAGAUCUUCAUAAAAACUAUAAAUGAUAUCGGGUUGCCUCACAUCUUUCCUGCUUUUUGGCAGAUGCUCAGGUUUUUUUUACUGAUAACACAUCUUGAUGGCGCUUUAUAAAAGCAUAGUAGACAAUCAUUUCCUGGACGAUCAUUAGUAAAAGGACUUGAUAUAGAUAUUAGUGUAUAAUGGGCCAGUUGUUUUUCAAGAAUAAUUUCGUAGCAUCUGAAACCUAAAAGUCAACACUCAAACUCAAACACUUUAAAAGAAUAUAAUUACAACUAAGCUCUUUGAGGUAAAAGUAAACUUGUGUGUUUAUCCGUAUAAAUCUUUUCAUAUAUAAAGCAUUGAAGUACCUGAGUCAGCCCCAUUCGAAUGUAAUAAACUAAUAAACACGUGCCGUGUCGCACAGGGCGGACAGGUUCUUUAUUUGGCAAUAAAAUGCAAUAAAUUCCCUAUUAUUGAAAAAAAAGCAUGUUUUGUACAAAACAGACAAAAAAUACUCCUUAAUCACCAUUGUACUAUCUGUCUUGUCGUGGAAUAUAUUGUGGAUUUAUGCACUUGAAGCCUUUAAGUUUUAUUUAAAAAAUUUGGGAGUGACAAACCUCAAAGAUACAUUAUAGGACUUGUUAUUUAUUUGUCUAUACAUGUCUGACUAUGAAAUAAGUGAAACGCGUACAAGAUAGCAAAAAUAUUAUUCAUUCUUAAGUUAUUCAAAUUUGAUAUCUUGAGAUCAAGUGACUCCCUGGGGGGUCACAUUAAAUGUAUUGCACAAUUAAGAAUUAACGACAAAAAUCACAAAUAUAAUAGUCACCUUCAGAACCUCCACAGGCUACAUGAGCCCAUAAAUUGCAACUUUGACACUGUACCCAUGGCUCUCCAUGUCUGUCAUUGCAAUAAAUGGUUUCGCAAAACAUACACGGCACGUUCGCAUUUUCAGGGACCACGUUUGUAAACGACUCGACAUAACCGUUAUUCCCCGCGUCUUCGUCACUUUCAGAGCCACUGCUGGAUGUACCGUGUCCACGUCCGCGUCCACGGCCUCUUCCACGUCCACGUUCACGAUUUUGGCUAAGCGCAUUCGGUUAUUUGAUUUCUGUAUGGUGAUGACGUGAUCACUUUUGCUGUUGUAGCCUUUCUUCCACGAUUAGUCGUAGAAAUUGGCUGAAUGUCUUCUCGUGGACCAAACUAUUCUCCAGUGCUUGUGGCUCUACACUCUCUCCUAGGGCGCUCUGGCCGGCAACAGGAGUAGGAGAUGUUUGAUUAUUGUUAGAUCCUUCCGUUAAAUAAUCGACUUUUGUAAAAACUUGAGGAUUAAAUGGAUAAAUGACUGUGGCACGAAAACCAUUUACUGCGAUAGUGCGGUAGUGCUCUUAGCAUAUGCUCUGCCAAAAGCUCAACGAUAUCGUAAGGUUGUAGCAUUCUGUCAGAGUGCAAAAGGAACUUGCGAAUUUCCUCAGUUUAGUGAUUUUUUAGGGCACCCAUAAAAGUCUUGUCCAGAGGCUGGAGCUCGUGCGUUAUAUGAGGCUGAUAAUCGUGACAUGAUUUUCGGGGGCUAGAUCUAUUAUUUCUAUGUUGCGUGUGUGACUGUAAUGGCCGACAAAGAUGAGUAAUGUCGGAGAUUCGACUCUGGAGUUUGUUUUAUCAAUAAAAUGCUUAAACGAUUCAGUGAACAAAUUGGAUUGUAUCCAACCAGAUGAUGAACUUGGCCAAGUGAACCGGAUGGCACUCCCUUUAUCAAAAUGUCCGUAAAGUUUUUCCUGGGGAAAAUCAUCAUAGGUGGCACAAAUAUACCCGAUGCGCUCAUGCAGCAAACAAAAGUACAUAGUGACCCUCGUUCUGCAGCAGUUCAGGCACCUAUCUGCUUCUUGCCUUUUUUAUCUAACACCUGUGGUAUUUUUGACUACGCAAUUGUCAAUCCAGUUUCGUCAACAUUUAAAAAUCCUGUCAGCAGGAUAAUUAGUUUUGCUCAUUUCGGCUUGCAAAAUAUCAAAAAAUUCUUUGAUUGCUUGACUGAGGCCUUGAGUACGAGCAUAUGAUGUCCCCAUUGGUUUGCGUAAAGAGAAAGUGUCUUUAUGUCGGUUUAAAGUGAUCUAACCAAGCACGCCUUGCUACUUCAUUCUUAAAUGUAUUAAGAAUGCCAUUUUUGAAUGAAUGACAUCCAUUGUAGUAAGCCCAUAGUACCUGGACUCCAUAAACAAGAUAUAGUCCACUAACUUUUUUUCCAGCUCAGCUAGAAGUACAGGUUUCCUUCCUAGUGGUUUAUGUACAAGCAACUCUGAAGAUUCUUGAGGGUCCUUUACUAACCGUUUCAGUGUAGAUUUAGGCACAGAAUACAUUUUUACAGCCUUUUUAUAUCCCAUGACCUUCUGCCUUACUGCAUUAAUUGCUGAUUUCAUUUGUUCAGGAUCCCAUUUUUUUGUUUCUUCCUCGCAGGAGGAGAGAGCACACUUUGUCUAGGCUUCUGAAAGCAAAAAAUAAAAAUAUGAAAAUUAUGAAUCACUCUUACAUGUAAUGUGGCCCCCGGGACCACAAUACAACCAAUAUGACGGGGGCAAAUUGCAACUAUUGAGAAUAUUUAAACAAACGUACCCAAAAUAAUUAUUACAAAUCUAAUUUUGUGUUUACCUUUUAAUUCCUGUAGAAGAACAGUUCAACGUAUUCAAUAUCCGAACACAAUAGCCAAAACUCUCUAUUUAUAGAAAAUUACCGAAUUAAAAUCACAGUAGUUUAAAGUUUUACCGGUAACGAGUUUCAACUGUUUCGAAUUACAAUCGAACGUGACAGGCUCUGGUGGGUUCCAACAUUAAAAUAUUGAAGGCGGCCAAUAUAUUUGCAGGGGCCACAUUACCACCUUUCCCUCUAUCUUUCAUUGCUUCAAAAAUAUUUUUGCGAUUUUUCUCCACUACAGACUGCGGUAAUUUUUUUUAGUAAGUUUUGAACUGUUCGUCGCUUAGGUGACUGAGGACAUUAUCUAUUAGAAUUAGAGCUGAGGUAAAUUUGUCUUACAAAAAUUCUUUAAUCUGAGAUUGUCAAACUGUACUGCAAGAUGUCAUUACCGUGUUUGUUGCUAUUUGGCACACACUUUUAUUGUGGAACCAGCCCUUAAAAAUGUCAUUCAAGCAUUUUUUGAAUCAAUAAAUCUUGAAGUGAAACUCUUCAGUACACGAGGUUUCUUGGCCGUUGCAAUAAUGAAAGCACGCCACUAGAAACGGUUGUUUGAGGAACCAUUUGUAAAGCUUAAUUUCCAUUUUAGCGUAUGCAGAUGAUUGUGGAGAUUUUCCGUUUCCAAGUCCACAAGUAGAAUUUUUGACAAGCAUACAGCACGUUCGAGUAAACACAUAUAUAGGUCCCUCUAGUAAAAUAAAUGAACUGGCUCAGAAUUUAUUAUAUAUAUGGGGGACAAAGAAUGUUUUUAUUUUUUUACUUAAAAACAAAAAUACAACGAUAUUGUAUUGUAAAAAUACGCUUUCUGCAUAUAUUUUUUUUCUUUAACUAAAUUUAAAGAAAAAUGUAAAAUUUGUGGUAAAUUUUGAUAGACUGGUUCAUUAGAAGAUAUUACGCAUGAAUUAGUUUCAGAAAUGUUUAUUAAUGAAUUAUUUUUCUAAAAUAUGUUUCUUUCGAUAUGCAACGCUUUACGUUUUAUUUUUAUUUAAAAACUGUAAGGUUUAUAAAAAAAUUGCAUGAGAGAAAAAUUUCUAAAUAAAACAUAAAAUUAAAAAGUAGUCUACCUAUUUGCGUUUUAUAUAUAAAAAAUAGAUUCUAGAUGAAUCCAGACAACUUCUGUUUUUUUUUUUAUAUUAUUUACAAGUUUUGAGAUAAUAAACAUAUACAUACAUAACUAUAACUAUACAUAACAUACUUUGUCUUACAUACGGUUUGGAUUUAAUUCAGUAUGUAAGACCCGCUUGUCUGAUAAAUAAAAUAAAAAUUAACAUUUGAAAAUUGACAUAUAUCACGCAAAAACAAGUGGCACGAAAACUAUGGCGUGUACCACAGCCACUAAUAAUAAAUAUUUCACACUUUUAGAUAAAAGUGACAAAUUUCCGUUGUUAACACAUCAGGUAUUUUUGAAUUUUGAAUAAAAAUAUCAAAUUUAAAUAUCGAAGGUAUUGAACUUUUUUGUUUAUCGACAAUUAUUACAUGACCAAAAACUUAUUUGCAUUUUUACAGCCAAGAAGUAAGUUAGGUAAUGAAUUAGUUAAUGUUAUCAAUUUAAGAUAAAUUUAAAUUUAACAAAAAAUUACCCCUAUCUUUGGAAACACCUCUCUUAUUUUCAAAUAUUGUACAUAGUACAUUGAUUGUUCCCCUUAAUGGCCACCUCUAUGGCGUGUCUGUGUACAGUAUAAUAGCAUUAUUAUCGUAAUGAAUAAAUAAUAUAGACAAAUACUCCAAGAGUAAAUGCAACGUUACGAUAUAUUUUUUUCCUCAUUUAAUUUAAUUAUUAAAAUGGUCUUCAUUUUACCUUUUCCAGCUAUGACUUAAUAUUGCGCAAGUAAUUUAUUACAUAUUAAAGAUUUUUAUUUUAUUAAAAACUUUGAAUGAAAUUCAGGUUGGUUUGUAGUAAGCUCUUUUUCACACAAUCAUCUAUUCUAAUCAAACGUGUUCCGAUACCUUGUUAUAAGCUAUUGCUUGCUUUUUGAAUAAAACUUUCAUGUGAUCGUUAUUUAAGUUAAAACUAUCAUCUAUUUUUAAUUGAUUGGAAAGAAAAAUGCUUUGUCAAAUAAAUAAACGCCACAACUUCAAUCAAUCAAGCAAUCAAAUUUGCAAUUAUUAUAAUGACAUGGCGAUUUGCGUGAGCAACACUCGAGUUUGCAGCAAUGAAAAUAGUCCAAAUAAAAAAGUAACCAACGGAGGACAAAAGAGAAAAUAAAUCCUAUAAGCUUUUUGCACCAAACACAUAAAUAAGUAAUUUAAAAAUUUUAGGAUUGUGGUUGUUAUAGUGAGUAUUUUUCUAUUAAAUGGACGAAUAUGUGAUAAAAUAUUUUUAGGCGACCAAUAAAGGCAAUUUGUGUCUCUAUAAAUUAAUUAAUACACUGAUUUUCACGACGGCCUUCGUUAAACUUUUUGUCUGAAAGUGCAAAAAAUAAUGGAAAAGAUAAUUUUAUUUCGGAAGUCACAUCUUAAUAAUUCCAUUCAACAUCUAACACGAUCGAUUGUAUAUGUUCAGGCAAUGCACAAGAUUUACUACGCUGUUUUAGGCAACUUAAAAAAUGUUAGUAAAUCUGAGGAUUAAAAGUUUUCACAUUGACUAGACAAUCUGAUGAUAAAUAAAAAGACUUUUUUACACUUACAUUUAAACAAAAAUUUCGAUCCGUUAGGAAAAUUAAUUAAAAAUAAAAGUCCAACAAAUAAAUCAAAAGAUCGAGGAUAUAUAAAGUUUCUUGUAAUGAUUGUCCCAAAACGUAUAUGGAUCAAACAGGAAGAUGUUCUAGUAAACGAAUAGAAAUCCAUCAUAAUUCAUUAAUGAAUGAAAAAAUUGAUUCCAACUAUGCAAUUCAUUUAAGCGAAUGUAAUUGUAGUAAUUGUAGUUUCAAUUAAGAUUUUCACGUUUUACAUUUUGAUGGUAAAGUAUAUAAAUUAAAUUUACUUGAAGCUUUGGAAAUUAACAAAUUAAAAAAUUCAAAUCCCCAAAGAUUAUACAUGCUGUGUAUAUGUUACCGCCACUAAACAAAUAAAUAUAAAUUCACAAAUAAUAUAACACAGACGUAAAUAUAAACCUAACUAAAAUUGUACAUACCGCUUUUUUGUUCGGUAGUACUGCACUUAUCAUCAACAAAGAAUAAGAGAAACUAAUCCAAUAAACGCUUCGUUUUACUCAGAAUUAUUUGGUUAGUUUCUGUUACUGUUAAAUUGAUAUAAUGAUAGAAGACAGGUCAGGAUACAACUUGGCAACAGUGGAUUACAGUCAAACAUUUAACGCCUUCUAGUAUUUGUUGUUGUUUCUUUCGUCAACCUAUAGAAACACAUUGUUCCUAUUACCGCAUAAUGUAUUUAGCUUCUCCAAAAAUAUUUCUUUCCGCUCGCCAUUAUUAUAAUAUAAACUUCGACAGAAUUAGGCAAUGGGCACAAUGUUUAGUGUAGUGAAUGUGGAAAAUAAAAACCUUUAAUUCUCAGAGUGACUAACGCAUCAGACAUUUCGCAGAUUGCCUAAAACCGCGUGGUUAAUUUGGAGAUUACCCAAAAUAGUGAUUUUACAUAAUGCCCGGUAAAUAGGUCAGUUUUGCAGAAUAUCUAUACAUGUCGUAUAUUGAUGGUUUUUGUACAUGUAUAAAGUCCUCCUCAUUGAUAUAUUUUUAAGUUAUUUGGACAAAUGCCUACGAAAACAGCUGAUCAGUGAUUUCUCUUUUUGUAAAAUUUGCGUUUCAUUUUUAUUUUUUUGAGAAAUUAUUACAAUUUGUACGUACCUCGAAAUUUUAUAAUUGUAACUUUGUUUUGCACGGGAAAUAUUUUCCCCUUAGGGGUGCUAUCCCCUUUCAUACAGCGGCGGAUUUAGCCUCCUUGUCGUAUUAACAAAAUAAAUAAUAAUAUAAUAAAUAUCUUCUUUCUAGCUUUAUUCCGUGCAAAAACAUCGUCGUCAUCAAUUUCUUGAACUAGUUUGGCUUCAAUAGACAGUAGGGCUAAAGUAUUAAGUCUUCCUUGGCCCAUACUUGCACGUAAAUGCGUUUAUACCCUUUUCAUGGUGAAAAAAGAUCUUUUUCCUAAACAAUUUGUAGCGGGAAUAGUCAAAAAAUACGUAGUCCAUAAGCAUCUCGAAGGUUCCGAUAAUGUAACACACUGCAUAUUCGCGCGGACCCUACAUCGUUUGUGCUUAAUAGCAAAUCUGUAACCUGAUAGUCUAAAUGAAUACAUUCAUUCCCUAAAUUUUGUUCCAAAACAUCAGGAUAUUUAGUAACUAAUUAAUCUGCACGAAUUUUCAAUUCAGACAAAUUUUCAAAAAAGUUCAAACUUUCGUAAAGCUUAUGAUAAGCUUCUCCAUAUUUUCUUUUAUUCUUCCGUGACUCAGCUGACUGAAGUUACCGGGUUCUUUUACGACAGAUAUCAUAAUGAUAAUAAUUUUGAACUCCAAAUAGUGCUUUGGCUGUUUCUUCAUAUUCGCAGAAUUGUUUAUCUCUCAUGUCUUCUAAAAAUAGUGCCAAAAAACUAUAUAUUGUAUAUAUUGUAUACAUUUGUAUCACAGCAUUAGAACGAUCCAAAAUGGCAUUCCAAACAAUGACUAGAAUUACCGUUUCUAGAUGUUGUAAGUUUUGAUGCUGCCUCCUAGUUUCAGAUAGCGUAGUGGGUUUUUCAUCUUUGUUUUCAGCAAUAAAUUCCAGCGCGAAAAUUAUUCAAGCCCACUCUUUUUCUAAUGCGUAAUGCAUCAUGUCGAGCAGACCAAUGAAUUUGAGAAAGGCUUUUAAGUCUUAAACUUAAACUUAAACUUGUAUGCUAUAAUAAGAUCUGCCAGCGGUGUGUUGAAAUGGUAAAAAAUUAAAGUUUUUGAGAAGUGGAAGAAAUUCAACUGCUUCGGUUACAGAUUCAGCUGCACAAGUUCCCACUAAAUUUCAGAAUUGAGAUUUUUGACAAAGCAUCUUCUAUAUCUUUAGUUUGGGAUCAAUUCUAGAAAUGUUUCGACAAUAUCACCAUUGUCACGUACGUAUCUAAUACUUAUCGGAAGUUGAGCAAUAUGAUUGUUUUAGAUAAAUGCGAAGUAUUUCGACUGUCAGGGUGCGUAUAUAGUUUUAAAUAUCUGAUAAAAAACGGAUCAAAUUCAAGAAGAAUCUCGAUUGAACUUAAAAAAUUCCUAAUUCGUUCUGAAUGUCCUCUAAAUGGCAACGCCCUUAUUGCUGGAGAUUUAAUAAUCGCAAUUAUUCGAUACAAAACUUUUUUCCGGUAUAAAGUUUGUUCAUCGAGCUGUUUCAUUAAAUGAUCAACGCGGCCUUGAACGACAGCUCGAGCUUUGAAAUUGCUAAUGUUAGUUUUUUGAAAAUCAGAAUUUUCAUAAGCUAGAAUUUUUCCAAUCUCAAAAUCCUUCACUUGUAAAAACAUUUACUUCACCACUUCUAGCAAAUAGGAAACAUAGAGCACAAAACACCGUUCCUUUACUUUCUGAAUAGAUUGACCAGUCACGAUGUUGAAUGUCUGCGUUUUUUAGAGUAUAAUGGAAUAAACUUCUAGAACAAUACCUCGUUUUAUCAUUAUAAACAUAUCUUGAAUUUAUCAAAUCCGUUACAUUAUUUAGUGGUAGGCCGUUUCUUCAUUCAAAUUUUGUAGAAAACAAUCACCACUCUAUUGAAAUUGUCUUUGCUUAAUUGUCUUUUUUCCGCAUCUUCUAAUGAAAGAAAAUUUGUUGGCGUUUCGUUUAUAUUUGUAUCUUGCAAUAAAAAAGGAUUUAAUUUUACUUCUUCGGUAUCUUGUGGUGAAGUCUGGUCUAAUUCCAACUAAAAACAAAAAUAUUUUUUAACAACUGACAUUUUCUCAAUUAAAAUUAAAACUUUACCUGAUUAGACAAAAAUAUUUUUUUUUUUAAGAAUCUACCAAUAUUUCAAAUAUUUAGCUCUUAUGGAAGUUUUAAUAUAAGAGAAAUGAUUUUUAAUCUUUUUUUUUCAGGGUUAUAUAUAAAGAGAGAAAUUACUAACAAUUUUAUCAAAAUACUUAAGGCAGAUGAACUUGCUUGCUGAUCAUCACUUACAAAUAUUCUUGAGCUUGUCACAGUUGUCAUAAAAUUAGAUAUUUUUGAAAUUUUUUCGAUAACUACUCAUUAUCAUUUAAAAAAGAAAAUUCAGAAAACUUCAAAACUUUGUGGAAGAAAAUGUCACUUAAAAUAAUAAUUGAUUUUUUUAAUUAUCAAAAAACACUAUACUAAAAUUAUGAUACUUGUACAUUUAAACGGAUUUCGUAAAACUGAAAUAAUUAUUGCGUCUUGUUUACAGCGUGAUGCUUAGUUUUUAUACGUAAAACAAAGUCAAACCUGUCAAUACCUGCUAGGCGCAGCGCUCUUGUUCUCUGCAAAUAUAUGUAUCACAUUAACCCACUCACCCGAACUUAUUCUUAAACUUCACUCAAGUCAUUAAAAUUACGAUCAUACAAGUAAAACAUUCAGAAAAAAAUAUCUCGCUCUAAUAUAUAUCGACAUGUUUAUGUACUUGAAUUUGACCGAAUUUUACAAUAAUGAUGAAUUGUCGUUUUAAGAUUUUGGAAAUUUGUUAAAAUUUGUAGAUAUAAUUCAACAUUAUUGCGGAUAUAAAAAACAUCGAUUUUGUUUCGAUCUAGACAAUAAUUAAAUUAAAUUUUUAUUUUUUGCGACUUUUUUUUAGUUGUCUAAAAAUUCGAUAUAAAAAGAACAUACAUAUAUUUUAUAUAUACAAACAAAAAGUUUAAUACUCUUACAGGACACUAAAAAAGCAAAACAGCUUUGAAAUUUCUCAAAAAAGAUUACCAAUUUGAUAAUUCCUGACAUGCUAUGUCACAUUUCAGUAAGAACUUCUCGUGUCUAUUUUUAUUUAUAUUUUUCAUUUCAUACUAAAUAAUUUUUUGUGGGCUUUCAAAUUAUCAACCCGCCAAAAAAUUCUGCAUUUUGUAUUUUAUACUUUCAGAGAAAGGUUUAAACAGACAUAAAUGAAAAGCACUGCAUACGAAAAUAUUAAACUGUACAAGUAAGUGUACAAAUUUUAAUAGGAAAUUUAAUGUUAUGGACGUUAGACUAAAUGUUAGCGAUGUGCUGCCGCAAAUGUAAGAUCAUAAAAAAAUACUGUAAACAUUGUUCAUACUUUUGGUAUGAAUUUAAAAACUCACAUUGUAUCUAUUUCCAAUGGCGAUGAUAUCGUAAAGAUUGAUUGAACUCUUCUAAUAUAGAUUGUGUCAUAUUUGUUGCAUUAUUGAAAUAUUAGAAAUUUUCUGUGACGGUGCUGUAGUGAAAUCAGUGUCAACAGCUAAUUUCGGCUAAAUAGUUAGUAGCUAAGAACAAUACAAGAUAUAGCUGGUCUAUACCUAUUAACGAAUGUGUUUCAAGUGUGAUUUUUCAGUCCUAAAUUUAUUGUAGUAACAUUUAGAGUUUUAUGAGAAUUUUGUUAUUAAAUUGAAUAUAUAAAAUAUAUGACUUUUAUUUAUGUAUAUCAUUUUAUUAGUUUUUAUUAGUCCAUAACUUCCCAACAUAGUAAAUGUGGUUAUGUUUUGCAGUCUUUGUGCAUUGUGAUAAUAUAGAAUAUUAUUUUUCUAAUUCCGUCUGUAAAAUGCCCAAUUACAUACCGAUCUAGCAUGCGGGAAGCGUCACUUUACCACGUCAGUUUCGUUCCCCACGAAUAAUCCGAACUACUUCGAACAUUUCCGCGAUUUUACAGCAUGGGUUUGGGAGCAAUCGGAUGUUUUCGGAAAUAUUUCCCACGCCUUUAAUUUUGACGUUUGUGAAUUGUGACGGUUAUGUCAGUGCAUGUAUUCGUGUUGUUUUGCGAAAACUCCCCAAAAACUAACGGUUGUAGAAAAAGUAUAGUAUGCAACACGUUCAAAAAAUAAACUUUUUAAGUAACUCGUUUAUUAAACACUCGCUCCGCUCGUGUCAAAUAAACUCGUGAGUCAAAUGCUAUUUACCGCACUUGUUGCAUAAUUACUAUUUUACUUAGAUAUUGCCUUAUUUGGACAUUAUAUAAUUGUACCAUGGAUACAAGGGUAACUGGUUUACUAUAAUGAGAAUGAAAAUGCUUAAAUAAGUGUUGGCAAGUAUUAAAUUCAUAUUGCGCACCAACAGGCAAUAGAAAUAAAUUCGUAUUGCAUUGAUAGUGCGUAAAUUAUUGGCAAAUGGGUAGAUUAAAUUAGUAUACCAAACUGAAACCUGUGUUCAGUUUUUAUGUACUUUAUGAAUGUGAGCCAAUAGUGGCAACGCCGCACGACACCACGAAAAAGGGAAGAGUAUUAGAGAAUUAGGUCGCAAAACGGGGGGAUUGACCACAUGUAAUUUUUUAUUUAAAUUGGUAGUGUAGAAGUCUAUCUCUGUUCCUUUUGAAAAUC